GUCGCCUCGACUCGUGGCUCAAGCCUUUCAACCAGGCGCCACGCCGCCAGCCGAGGCUGGAGAAGGGCGAGCAUCGAAAGCAACACUUUGCUCGCUCUGGCGCCAACUCACUUAGCGCCCUGCCUCAGGGCGUCGUCGGCUUGGGAGUGCUUGCCUCCCCUCCGCUCAGGCCUCCUUUUCUGGAUGCCUUUGGGACGGGCCGCUCUGACCUCGAAAGACAUCCAGUGCUCCUCUCCUUCUUGACUGGCUUGUAUCUCCUUCCCCUGUCCCGCUCUCCUGUUGAAACGGCCCGCUCCAACGAGCUCACUGGCUGUCCUCGCCCACCUCGACCCUCGACCUCACACGCCUUUACCUCCCACCACAUCGUCACGACCAUCAUGAAGACUCACUCAGCAACGCUCCUCUUCCUGCUGAUGCUCGGCGCAGCUAUGUGUGCAGCUGCAGCUGAGAGCGGGCUGGAACGCCGUAUCGAUCCCCCGACCCCGGCACCAGGUAUCGGUGACGCCGGCGGUGUAGCGUGCGUACGCCUCACGAGAGCAUGCGCUCAUUCGUCCGCUUGUGCUGAUCUUGUCCUCCUCCCACCACCUCUUCAUCACAGCCCCCACGUCACCGGCCUUCCCGGCGCAGUCAGCAGCGGUCAGCCUGACUCGGACACCGAAUCAGGGAAUGAAAAGACAGGCGCAAGCAGCAAGACCGGCGGGCAUCGCUCUUCUGCCUCUCCAACCACCUCAGCCGGUUCCACUUCGUCGACUGGCUCGGGAAACACCACGGAUCCUCUCGGCUCAAUCAUCUCACAGGGUGCGUCCGUCGCUGGCGUCAUUGGGACCGCAGUGGGCAAUGUAGCGGGGAACGUCUCUACCUUCGUUGGAGGUCUGCCUACGUACACGUCGGGCACUCCCUCGCCUACUGCUACAAACAGCAAUGGCUCCAACGCCGCCGGUCACCUGCUCGCUGGGCCCCAGCUCGCCGCUACCGCCAGCGCGUUCAGUGUAUGCAUUCUGGCCGGGCUGGUCACGACCCUUCUCUGAUCAGCAGACUCGCUCUGCAUCCCAAAACGGCCUCGCCCGAGGCAUCUCACCAUAUGUCACAGCCUCAACGCAACGAGGCUGCCUUUCUGACGCAGAAGCGCCAAUCAAUUCGUGCUUGCCACUUUGCCGCCUUCAGCCUGCGGCUCCUCGCACCAUCCAUACCCGACACACCUCAAAAAAUGACACACAAGCCUAUGACAGACGCUCGCUCGCUCGCUCGCUCGCUCGCUCGCUCUCGCUCUUACUUGGCCCUCAGACGAAUCUCUGCACUCCUCGCCUCACGCCACCCCCCGAUAAUGUAGCCCCUUCUCACUUGUUGCGCUCCUCUUCCACCCAGCUAUAGCUCCCCGGACUCUCACGUGUGCGGGACACACGACCAACGACGAAGCAAUACCAUCAUCAAUGUCAAGAG